UUCGUCGUGCGCGGAGAAAGAGGAAUAUCACAAAUUUUAUACCGUUGAUUGUUGUCCUGUAGUUUAGGAACCAGAAAGAACAUACGUUUAGGUUCAGGGAUAAGAGAUGAGUACACUGGAUGCAACUAGAGCAGAACUUGCUCUUGCAGUUCUGUAUCUGAACAAGGCUGAGGCCAGGGACAAGAUUUGCAGGGCAAUACAAUAUGGCUCAAAAUUCUUGAGUAAUGGAGAACCUGGAACAGCCCAAAAUGUUGACAAAUCAACUAGUUUGGCACGAAAAGUUUUUCGCCUUUUCAAGUUUGUCAACGAUCUGCAUGGUCUUAUUAGUCCAACUCCUCCAGGAACUCCUCUCCCGCUUGUUCUGCUCGGAAAGUCCAAGAAUGCAUUGCUGUCAACUUUUCUAUUUCUUGAUCAAAUUGUCUGGCUUGGUAGAACAGGUAUCUAUAAGAACAAAGAGCGUGCUGAUCUAAUUGGCCGGAUCUCUCUUUUCUGUUGGAUGGGUUCCUCAGUUUGCGCUACUUUGGUUGAGAUUGGGGAGAUAGGAAGGCUUUCUGGACAACUUAAAAAGUUGGAGAAGGAUCUGAAGAAUAGUGAUAAGUAUCAAAACGAACAAUAUCGUGCUAAACUCAAAAAAUCAAAUGAGAGGUCACUAGCCCUGGUUAAAGCAGCCAUGGAUACAGUGGUAGCAGCUGGGUUGCUUCAGUUGGCACCUAAGAAAAUUACUCCUCGUGUCACUGGAGCCUUGGGGUUUACUACCUCUCUGAUAUCCUGUUAUCAGUUGCUUCCGGCUCCAGCGAAGUCCAAGACAGCCUAAAGAACGAAGUCUGUUUCCUCAAUGUGCUUCAGUCUCCUUUUAAUAAUUGUUUAGAAUUGCAAUAUGAAUCUUUGUUAGUGCAAACGUUUGAGCAAUUUGCAAACUAGGAGGUUGAACUUAAAAUUUGACCUUUUUAUUGUCACUAUAAUUUCCGGUUCAAUAGAAAUAAUAUAUGAUGAUGCUCUCUUUCCCAUGGAUGGCAAAAUGAUCAUUUGACGACUGUA